AUGGUUCUCAAUUGUGGCUUGGAGUUGUGGGUUGCUGAUGGUGGGAUCUUGUAUUUGAUAGUAGUCAAAAUCUGGGGUUUGUUGUUUCGAUUCGAGCAUCAACAUGUUGUACGUUACUAUCAGGCAUGGUUUGAAACAGGAGUUGCUGAUUACUAUGGUGAUUCCUCCUGGGGUUCCAAGACUGCUGUGAGUUCUAGUUUCAGUUACAAGGAUGCGAGUUCUGCUGAUAUCAUUGGUCAAGAGAGUAAGCUUGAGUCAACUUACCUGUAUAUUCAAAUGGAAUAUUGCCCCAGUCCAGCCUGGUUUAGGCAUAUUUCAGACUGGUAUAUGUGUAUCUCGACCCAGUUCGGAUCACAGUUGCCAUUCAUAAUCCAGGUUCAUACCCAUUCAACAACCAAGAGGUAUUCUUUUGGGCCAGUUCAGAUCACAGUUGCCAUUCAUAAUCCAGCGCCAAUUCAGCCUCCUAGAGUGCAAAUUUUGGCUGGUUCAGCCCCCUACUGCCUCGUUCACACCCGGUUCAGCAUUGCUUUUGUUUUUCAGGGGCUGUUCUUCUCUGUUUCAGUGGUAUUCCAGUUCUUUCCAGCCCAGUUCUGGCCCAGUUCAGUGGGUGCUCUUCCUGCUUUGGGUUUAUUUUAG